GAGGACCCAAUCAACGUCGAGAGCGUAGGCCCACUUACCGUGGGUCCUUGCUGCGGCUGUAGGGCGUCUAGGGCUGCUGGUCAGCUCUGGUCUAGACGCGCGGGGGUCUGCAAGGCGUGAGGCCGCUUUCCAACCUGGUUUCCCGGGAUGUCAGUGGCCUUCGUGCCGGACUGGCUGAGAGGCAAGGCGGAAGUCAAUCAGGAGACGAUCCAGCGGCUCCUGGAGGAGAAUGAUCAGUUGAUCCGCUGUAUUGUGGAAUAUCAGAACAAAGGCCGGGCGAAUGAAUGCGUCCAGAAUUAUGCCCCAUUUAUUACAGAAAAAAAAUUUUAUUUCAUUGUUACUGAAGCCAUGCUUUUCCCACCCCCUAAAAAAGUAACCUGCAAUCCCGCACUGAACAGCUCAGUGGAAUAGUAGAGAUAUCCAUCUUUGGGUAAGUCUUUACAUUGGACACUGGCAUUUGGUAAUUUGCUUUUGUACAGUUUAUAGUAAAUACUCUCAUUUUUCUAUAUGGAAAAUAGUUGCAAAACACUCUAUUUGGUGCAGUGAUUCUCAAACUAUGGGGCAAGAAAGUUAUCAAAAUCUCCUAAUGGACCUUUUCACACUGCACAGUCCACGCUUCCUGCCCCCUAGCCUGAUUUGUCUUCCUAGGUGGAGAGCUCUACCCCCUGAUUGAGAAUCGCUAUUAUAGUAAGUGUGCAUUGAUCAUGGAAGUGUCUUGUCCCUUCUUUAAGUUUGUUCAAGAUUUUUUUUGGGGGGGUGCUGUGUGGCAUGCGGGAUCUCAGUUCCCCGACCAGGGUUCAAAACCGUGCCCCCUGCAUCGGAAGCAUCAAGUCCUAACCACUGGACCGCCAGGGAAUUCCCUGUUCAAGAUAUUUUAUAAGUAAUACUGAGUACCAGGCACUGUUUCAGCCACUGGGGAAUCAGUACCAAAACAGAUACCAGCUCUGCUUUCAUGGAACUUACCUUCUAGACUGUAGAAUCAUAUAAUUAGGCACAUACUAAUAAGCACUUCGAAUAAGAAUAAAGCAGGGUAAGUGGGGGGAAGAGUGCUAGUUUAUACCCGGUAUCUUUGAUGUGACAUUUGAGUAGACGCCUUAGGUGGGGAGCAGCUAUGCAGAUACGUGAAUCAGAGAGAGUAUCAGGUGGAAAAGCGCCCAGGCUAAGCGUGCUGGAUAUCUUCAAGUCAUAGCAAGGAGGCCACUCUGGCCAGAACUCAGUGAGUAAAGGGAAAGUGGUAGGAGACGAGAUCAGAGAGGGUAACUAGAGGCCCUGAUCAUGUAGGGCCUUACAGGCCAUGAGGGCUUAGCUUUACUCAUAAUGAGAUGGGAGCCUUUGGAGGGUUUUGAACAGAGGUAUGACAUGAUCUUGACCUAAACUGUACAGUGAUCACUCAGGCUGCUAUGUGGAUAAUUAGAGUAGGGGUGCAAAGGUAGAGCAGGGAGACAGGUUAGGAGACUGCUCCAGUAGUCCAAGCAAGAAGUGAUAGUGGCUUGGCCUAGAGAGGUAGCUAUGGAAGUGAGAAGUGAGAACAGGUAAGAUUCUGGAUAUAUUUUCCUUUAAUAUGUUAAAUAAGAAGGUUGACAACACUGAGUGAUCCAAUCAGUGGAUGAGCCAUUCACUAGGGUGGAUAAAUUCUUUUCCAGUUUUUUGUUCAUGUUCAGGAAAAGCAAACGUCUAAUUUUUACCUGUUUUUUA